UAGUUUAUCCAUCAUGGCCGUCACGUCCCUACGCUUGUGUGCCGAUCGCAUUUCCCGUUAACAACGAUUAGGGAUAUAAAAAUAAAAAUAAAAUAUAAAAAUAAUAACAACAACGGUAAUGCAAUAAUCGCAAAACUAAAAAGACGAAUUGCUACGACGGUGACUUUAAAACGGAGUGCGUACGGUUUUUAGUUAUCUCGUUUAUUUUUCCGUUGAUUAUGCGCUCAUUGCGAUUGUCCGACCGCUGUUUGUCGCGCGUACGUUGAACAGUGCAGUUUUUUGUGCGUGUCGAUGGGAUCAGGCCCCGAAAGCCAUGAAGCCGUACGACAAAUCAAACUCUUUUAUGAAAAGGGUCACGAAACGCGUGUCCGAAUACAUACCUGGAAUGACGUGGAUGAAUACCCUGAUCAACGAUGCGCAGACCGAUGAUGACCCUACGUCAAUGACCGAAAACGACGAUCAACCCCCAGUGAAGAAACUGUGCACAUCUAAUAACUCAUUUACAAACACCAAAUACCCGCCUACUAAUUCAACUGACAACCACAGGGGUUCAAAUGUGAAUGUCCUUUUACCAGAAAUAUCUGCCGUUACUUGUAUACCAAGUACAAGUAAACAAAGUCCAAAAUUUAUAAGCCAAUCAAGUUCUUCCUUACAAACUCAUGAUGUUGGUAAUAGAAGUUCUCUUAAAAGAAAAUCUGAUGUGGUAGAUUUGUCAAAUAUUAACAGACCAAGUUCAAAAACAGCUUUCAAUUUUGCUUCAUCAACACCCACAAUAGUUACAGCAAAUAAGCAACCAGUUACAAUAAAUUUAAAAAGAUCAUUAAAUUUAAGUAAAUCAUCUACUUGUAAUGAAUUUUUAACACCAACUUCAUCUAAACUGAUUAAGCCAAGGGAAAAUGAAUCACAUCAACAAUCUUCAUUAAAAUUUCAUGAAACAUCGACAAACCACAUACCCUCAGCAUCAUUUAGAUGGGAUACAUUUGUCAAUUAUGGAGAAUUGUCAGAGCGCCAAAAAUUAUUUGCCCAAAAGUCACCUUUAAAUUGUUCUCAAGUUAUGUAUGGGGGCAGUUCUGCACGUUCAAGCUUAUCAAAAAUUUUAGGUAAUACUCCACCAAUUCAUAGAAAAGCAGUGAUACCAAUAUCUUCUACAAAUAAUAGUGAAAUUAGAACAACCUCAUCUAUUCUCUUGGAACAUAUUUCUACUAAGAACAAGGAAAUUGAAGAAAAUAAAUUUAUUAUUCAACCUAAAGUGCACCAAAGGCAUAAAGCAGUUCAAAAAACCGUACCUAUUAAAGUAGAAUCCACAGUCAAAAUUGUUGAAACAACACCUGAGAAAGUUGAUUGCAAAUCCAGUGAAAUCUCAUCAAAUUAUUCUGGCCGAGUUGAUUCAAAUACUACAAGAAAACUUCGAGUGAAUCUUUCAAAAAAAGGCCGUGUUCUUAAGUCUGAUGAACUUGAAAUGCCCGCUGAAGUCAAUUUGCCUAAGGUUUCUCUAGCAAUGACUUCAUUGCCAAGUAUCAAUUUGUCAAAUACUAAUGCUGAGGAUAAUGAAUUCACAUUCAAUCAACCAUUAACAAUAGAACAGUUUAGUUCACAAUUUGCAGAGAAAACGUGUAGAAAAAAUCAAAAAAUGACUUUGAAGAAAGCACAAAAUACUAAUAUAGAGGUAAAUAAUAAAGAUCAACCUAGCACCAAAAGUCCAAGUACAAAUGUUAAUAUUUCUACAAGUGAAACCUUUGUAAAUGAAUCUACUAAAGUAUCAGCCACGAAUAAUGAUAUUUCAAAUAAAAAUGACAAGGUGUCAGAACUUGAUAGGUUUGUUGAUGAUAAUUCUAAAAAUACUUCAAAAAUAUCAUUGCCGCCGUGCUCUGGUUCUAAAUUAGAAUCUACAAAAUCAGUGAAUAUGGAUCUUGAGCGUUCACCUAAAAAGUUAGAAAGUAAUAAUACAAAUAAAUUAGUACCAGUAAAAUCUAAAUUAAAAAAGUGGUCUUGUGAUGCAUGUUGGGUUUCAAAUGAUGCUGACAUAAUAAAGUGUAUAGCUUGUCAAACUCCCAAGUGUGAAAAAACACAAACACCAGUAUUAAAUGUUAUCAAAUCUGUCAAAUCAAGUACAUGGACUUGUGAAACUUGUUGGGUUCCCAAUAAAAAUGAAAUUGAAGUAUGUGUCGCAUGCCAAACACAAAAGCCUGGUACUACAAAGAAAACUGUGGUACAAAGUAAUACUUGGACUUGUGAUGGUUGUUGGGUAAAAAAUAAAAGUGAUUGUACUACUUGUAUUUCAUGCGGAACAGCAAAGCCUGGGUCUGCUCCUGAAAAUAAAUCUUUGCCUUCAACUCAAUUUAAAUUUGGAUUAAAUAACAACACCUUUGAAAAUUCCGGCGCCAGUCAGUUUAAAUUUGGAUUUGAUAGUAAAAAUGUUCAACCAUCUAAUCAGUUUAAAUUUGGAAGCGCUGCACCAUUUGCAAGUUCUGAUAAUGCCAAAUCAGAUACUGCCAAUGAAUUUAAAUUUGGCUUAGUUAACAAUAAAGCUGAUCAACCCCUUACUACAUUCAAAUUUGGCACUGAUAGUUUAUCAAGUUUGCCAGUAAAGAAAUUAAACGAGGAAUCAAAUAUCAAUAAAAGUGAUAAUUCUGAAACUCAGUUUAAGUUCGGUAUUGAAACUAAACCAAAUCAACCUGAUAGUCAGUUUAAGUUUGGUGUUGAAACUAAACCAAAUCAACCUGAUAGUCAGUUUAAGUUCGGUGUUGAAACUAAACCAAAUCAACCUGAUAGUCAGUUUAAGUUUGGGCUUAGUGCCACAACUAAUAAACCAACUGCACAAUUUAAAUUUGGUUCAGAUAAAGUUGAAAUUGAAAAAUCUGUUCAUCAAAAUCCUGUUGUUGAUAAUAAUAUAAUUAAACAAUCCACAAAUGAAUUUAAAUCAUUAGUAAAUAAUAAAAAUGAAGAAUUAGAAAAAUCAUUAGAGUUACAAAGCCAAAGUAAUAAGCGUAAAGUUAAUGAUACAAAUGAAAAUAGCAGUCCUAAAAUAUCUUUUGGUUCUGUUGCAACUAACAGUAGUACCUCAAAUUCAUUAGUUAAUGUUGGUCAAAAAAAUGAAGAUCUAUCUAAAGAGAAAUUUGUAUGGGAUAACAAAGUAAAAAAAAUUGAAAUUAAGCCAAUAAUGAAUUUUGGUUCAAUUCAGCCUGUUCAAUCUGCUACUGAAAAUACAAAUCAGUUAGUAAAUGGACAUUCACAUCUUAAUGAAACUUUGAAUGAAGAUCAAAAACAACCCGGUUUGAUUAAGACUUCUCAGUUAUUCAGUUUUGGUUCUUUAGCAAAACCAGAUCAAAAUGCGCCUGUUGACCAAAAAAGUCCUAAAAUGUUUACUUUUGGAUCAGCAACUAAUGAUAACAAAUCGUUUAGUUCACCAAUAAUGGGUAGUAGUAGUUUUCCUAGUACUGCUCCAGUUUUUGGUGCAAGUAAUUCUAUUUUUGGUAGUGGUACUACUACAUCGGCUCCAGCAACAUUGGGUUCAUCUACAUUAACACCUCAAUUUUCAUUUGGUUCAUUAGCUCCUCAGGUUCCAAGCAGUUUUUUCUCAAAGUCUUCUAAUGACAAUGAUAAAAAACCAUUAGCUCAAACGUCAAAUUCUUUCAAUUCUACAAAUGUUGGGUUUUCAUUUGGUGCACAAUCUCCACCUGUAUUUAGUGUUCCCAAUGCUGGAGGACCUAUAAAAAUGUCUGCAAUGGGUGAUGAUCAGACUAAAUGUACAACAAACAAUAUAUUCAAUCAACCAAGCAUCAAACCAUCUGUUAAAUUAGAUCCUAAUGCACCUAUAUCAAUUAAUUUUACUGGUGGAGCAACUACUCAAUUUACUGCCAAACCAGAAACAACUGAGCCACCUACUAAAAGAAAAAUUUUAAAACCUGUUAGAAGGAUUCGGUAAAACAUGGAUAUACUGCUUGUGUAUUUUGUAAGUUACAUUGUUUUUAUUGUGUAACAAAAAUAAAUGUAAUAUUAAAAUUGUUCAAUGUUUGAACUGAUUCUUGUCAUUAUAUUUGUAUAAUAAUAUUCUGUGGUUAACAAUAGCUUAUUUAAAAACAGGUUGAGGUCAAUAUUUUUUUAAACAGAUAAACAAUUAUUAUUUGGAUAUAAAAUUACAUUUGACAACAUAUUUUGAUGGCGCACAGAAUUUGGAGAUAUGUUAAUAACAUAUUAAUGAAUUAGUUUUUAAUUUUAAUUUGAACUAUCUGAAUCAAACUAUCUACUAACUACAUUAAACUAUCUGUCAAAUGGGUUUUUUUUUAAAUAUUAUUUUAGUAAAAAAUAAAUAAAUUUAUAAUCAACUAUUGUCUAUGUUUUAAUUUUUGAUAUUUUGAAUUGUGUAACUUAUUUAAAAGAAAUUUUAUAAUUAAAUAAAUGUAUGCAUUUCUCUAAGAAUUUGUUUCCAACAGUUGAAAUUUUACUUAUUUUUAUAGGUAUAACUUAAAAAUUAUAUAUAUAAAAUAAAAAUAAAAAAAUCAUAAUUCACUACAGCUCGCAAUGCAAUUAAGAAUAUGCUAAUGUUUUAUAUCUUAAUUAUGUACAUAAUAAUUGUUCUAUGUUUCUUAUUUUUGCUAGUUAUUUUUUAGCCAUUUUAAUUUUGUUACUUAUAAUUAAUUCAUUAAAUUAAAUCUGAAAAUUAUUUACUAUAAAAAUAUCAUUAACUAAUUCAACAUUUAAAAUACUAGUAUUUUCUUCUUACUGUGCGCCACCUUUUCACUUUUAAAAUCAUAUUCAAACCGUUUGUAACGUAUAUAUUUUAUUUUCGUUAAUUUAAUACAUUGAUACACAUUAACAUAUUUUAUUGUUAAAUAUUUGCUUUAUGUUAAAAAAAAAAACAUGUAACUGUUUAAAAAUGAUAAAAAUUUAUUAAAUGGAUGUACAACUAUAUUGUUUUAGUGAGUUUAAUUAAUUUAAUUAUCAUUUAAUGGCUAUUAUGUGCCAUUUUAUUGUUAUAAUACAAAACAAUUAUAAAGUGUUAUUAUUUAAUAACUCUCGUGGUAUACAGAACACAACAUUUUUUAUUAAAUGUUGUUUAUUAUAUAUGUUAAAUAAUAUGUUUCUUUUCUUUUAGUGGUUAUAUUUGUUUUAAGUGUAAUAUUCUAAGUCUGACCCAAGGAAUUUCUAUUGGCAACAGAAGUGUGGUUAUACUGUAUGAUUUAUAUUCAAAUGGUCCCUUAUUUUUAUUUCACAAAAUAAUUCCUAAAUAUACAGGUAUUAUAUUUUAUUUUUGUAUAGUAAAAUGUAAAAAAUAACUAUUACAUUACUAGUUAAAAGUUAGCCAAAUGGCUUGGAUGUCUGUGAUAUUCUUGUGGGUCAGGCUAUGUUCGGUGAUAAUUAUCGAAAACUAUAGCAGGCUCACUCCUUUGAAAUAAAUGUAUUUUUAAUUUAAAAACUUAAAUAUACAUUUAAUAUGCUAUAUAUAAAAAAAAAGUAAAAUGAUAUUUUAGAAUUUUUUUAAAUUUCAGACUGUUUAUUUCCAUUUACUUAGUUAUGCAUCAGUAAGUAGUUAUUAUUAUAUUGUUGUCUUUUUUUUUAUAUAUAUACAUUUGUUGUAAAGUGUUGCUGAUUAAUAUUUUGUAAACCGAUAAGUGGAAAUAAACUAAUUUGACUGUGAUGUAAGGAUAUAAUUUAUUUUUGUCCAAGUGAGUAAUUUUAGGAGUAAGGCUGCUAAUUUGAGCUUCAUGUAGCCUAUUUUUCUUUAUAAAGUGUACAGUCUUUUAGUUAACAUAAGUGUACUUUAAGUCUUUAUAAAUUUAAUUUUAUAAUAGUUAACAUUACAUUUCUUAAAAAAUUGUAAUUUAGGUACAAUACAUAAUAAAAUUAUAUGUUUUGUUUAUUUUUUAAA